AUGCGGUUUAAUGGUAAAGAAGGCUUUGUUGUUCCUGCUGUAAGUAAAUUCCUUAUGGAGAUAAGCUCAAGGCUAAACCCGCAAAAAGCGGUCUUGGUAGAUAACAGUAGUAGGUGGGUCUUGGCGUUUACGGGUGGGUUUUGUACUGUGAUUCGCUUGGUGAAUGAAGCACGUUACGCUGGAUUUGUUAAGAAAAUUGCAUUUAAGAUGAUAGAUUCGGUGAAAGUGCUUGUAGAGAGAAGAAUGGAAGUUGGGCUUGUGAGGAGAGCUUUCAGAGAUCUUGGGCAUUGUGGAGGAACAAUGGGACUGGUAAGAGUGGUUGUCCCACUAAAAGCAGAAUAG